UGUGUAGUGCUGAGACAUAAAGAAGUGCUCAUUUCUCUUUCAAAAAUUGUUCUAAAAAUCCACUGAUGGCAACAACUAGUGAGCUUUAUAAUCUUAGUCAUCAUGAGUUUGUUCAUGUUAGCCAUCAUCAUCCAUUGAUACUCAUCGAUGAUUUCGACAGUAGUCGCGUUGCAGCACCACUCGUGUGCUGUAUAUGCGAAACUCCGAUAAUAGGAGUCUCUCCUGCAUACACAUGCUCUCUUAAGCAUUCUCCUUGUUCUUUUUUCCUGCACAAAAGAUGUGCAGAAUCAUCACCCAAACGUAUCGUACACCAUAUGCAUCCACAACACCAGCUUGACCUCUUUGAACGUAGUUAUUACCUCAGAGAAAUCAAGGGCAGAGUUUGCAUUGAGCUUGCCGAUGUCUAUUGUGCAGCUUGUACCCGCCAGAUCUAUCCAGACAUUCUGGCUUACAAUUGUAGAUUAUGUGAGUUGGAUUGGGUAAGACAAGAAUCUGCAACAAUUGUAGAUCCAUUUGCAUUGUGCGCAAGAUGUGCUUUGAUGGAGUCGGUGCUGGAUCACGAGGGACACCACCACUCGCUAACAUUACUGCACAGGACAGCUUGUUUCUCGUGUGAUGCUUGUGGAAUUAAAGCUGAAGAAUUUGGUUCUUAUAUAUGUCAUUCUUGUCACUUCUGGAUCCACAGCAGCUGCGCUGCAUACCCUCGCACCAUCAAACUCCGAAUUCACGAGGACGAUACUCUGCAGCUCAUUUAUUCUAUUCCAGAAAUGUACAGGAGAUUCAUUAGGCAUUGCCCCAUCUGCAGCCAAGGGCUCGAGCCAAAGAACUGGGCCUAUUUCUGUGAGGAGUCGGGAUAUUUUGUUCACAUCAAGUGUGCUGCUGAAUUAUUAGCGUCAGGGAAAAAUGUGAUUGAAACUGAAGAUGAUAAUGAGCAAACAUAUUCUGAUCUGUUGCAAUUUCCACUCCCAAGAAUAGAAUCUUUGGUGCAGAAUUUAAUAGCAGCUCACCGAUCAGGCAAAUGGACUCAUCAAAGGAACGCAAUAGAAGAUGAAGUUGAUAAGUUGUUUCUUUUUGAAGAACUUGAAGAUGCUGAUCAUAACAGUGAUGAUGAUGACAAUGAUACUAACAAUCUUAUUGAUAAUGGCAAGGAGAGUCCACUAAUCAAUCACCGGAGUACUCAUCCAGAGCGUAAGUUGUUUCUUUUGGAAGAACUUGAAGAUGCUGAUCAUAAAAGUGAUGAUGAUGAUGAGACGGACACUAACAAUCAUAUUGAUGAUGGCAAGGAAAGUCCCCUAAUCAAUCACCGGAGUCAUCCAGAGCAUAAGUUGUUUCUUUUGGAAGAACUUGAAGAUGCUGAUCAUAACAGUGAUAAUGAUGAGAGGGAUACUGACGACCGUAUUGAUGAGAUGUUGGUGUGUGAUGGAUGUGUCCAACCAAUCUCAACAGCUUCGAAUAAACGUUACUAUGGCUGCAUCGGAUGCAAUUAUUUCCUCCACACUACUUGUGCCAAUCACUUGCCCUUGCAGUCCCGUCCAGGAGAUUGUCCACAGGAUCCUCAACACAUAUUAAAGCUUCAUAAUUACAAUACUAGUCCAUUAGAAACUACUCUCUGCUGUCGAUGCAAUGCACGUACCAAUGGAUUCACAUAUCGCUGCUCCCCAUGUAAGAAUUCUAUUUGCAUUUCCUGUUAUCUAACACCUCACAAAAUUAAACAUGAGUAUCAUAAGCACCCCUUAGUUCAGCGUGAAGCCACGUGGAACAAAACUUGCAACGCUUGUUUACAGAAAAGAAGCGUUGAGUACGGAUGUGAAAGUUGCAGUGACAUCCAGAUUCAUCUAAGUUGCGCUGUGUCAUUCCCAAAAACAAUACAUCACAGAUGGGAUUCUCAUUCUAUUUCGUUGAUAUAUCCUCCAAUAUAUUACAAGGGCUUAAGAUACUGUGAGAAAUGCGAGCUGGAAGUAAAUCCAGAAGCCUGGUUGUAUCGUUGCAGCGAAUGUGAUCAAUUUUUUCAUCCCUUAUGCAUUCGACAACCUCAUCUGAAGCUCGGCCAUACGAUAGAUCCAUCAAUUACUCAUACUUUUCACCCGCACCCCUUAACGUUAAAGAUGAUAUACAAAAACAGGUAUCCUCAACGUCUACAUAAAUCUUUGUCCUGUAGAGAAAGAAUUUGUUUAGGGAACAUUCUUGAUGAACCUCAACAACUAGUCUUAGAAUGUGCUGGUUGUAAUUAUAUAAUGUGUCUAUAUUGUUCCUCCCGGCAAAUCAGUUUAAAGCCUUUAAAACUAUGAAAAGAACUCAUCCGGUGUUCUUGAGCCUGGAGUCAUGGAAUCAAAUGGAGUGCGCAGAAUGUUCGAACCUCGAGUUGUUGAUUUCCUUGUGCAUCUUUACAAGUUCUUUGUCCUUAUUGCUUUAGAGGUAUUCAAUUACGAUUUUAAAGAUUUUUUUUUUUCAUUUUGAAAUCCGGGUGUAUUCAACUCAUAUUUUAAAAUAUGUAUCAGAAUCUUGGGGUAUUCAAUUAGGAUUUUACUUUGGAUUUUUGUUUUU